UGCAGCUGUCAUCGAUGGAAUACGUCAACGAACAUAUUAUGCAGUUUGUUUUGGUUUUUGUUUUUGAUUAAAAAAUAAAGUUAAAGUUAUUUCAAAACAAAAUUGAGUUUAAAAAUUCCAUUUUAAUCAAUUUUAAAACAAAGCACAAUUUAACGUAGCAUUAAAAUGGAUGCUAGAACAGUUAUGGUCGUUGGAUCCAUGAUAGUUACCGCUGUCUUAACUAUGGCCUAUUUUUUAAAUUCAUCGAGUCGUAGAUAUAUUACCAACAAUCCAAAUGCAGCAAAAGAUGAUUUCAAUGUUUAUCAAGAUUCAACCUGUCCGAUCUGCCUUGAACCGAUGAAUGUGGAUAAUGCAUUAUCCUGUGCUCUAUUAAAUUGUGGCCAUUGUCUUCAUCGGAGUUGCUUGCGAGACAUGGACAACUCAAGAAAUGCCAAUAUAACAAAUAAGUGCCCAAUUUGCCGAACGCCCAUUCGCUCAACCUAAAAUGCCUACAAAAAAAAUGUUAUUAAAAUUUUGUUGACCUUCAGAUGUAUCUCAUUAGUAUAGAAUAGAUCAAUAGAGUAUAUUUUUUGAUUAUAAUA